ACGCUUUGUUCAAUAAAUAAACUGAGAGUCAUCUAAGUUAUCUAAUCGUAGCAUUGCUGGGUCUUGAGCAAGCUCUGUAUUUUUAAAAGUGAGAUGGGAAAAGCUGGAAUAAUUCUCCUGGUAGAACUUGCAGUUUAUAUCACUGGUGUAGUGUCAGAUGAUGGCUAUAUAGGACAGUGGGCCAAUGAGGAUUGUGCUGAAAAUCCCAUGGGGAUACUUUGUCCUCAGCUAGAGCAAGGCCAAGGAUGUGGAAUUUGUAAAAGAGCCACAAUGAUACGUGAGAUGAGUGGAAACUGUGUAGGGGAACUGGAGUGCACAUGUACGCAUUACAAAAGCCAACCAAUAGCUGGCACAAAUGGUGAAGAAAUAACUGCCAGGUGUGGUAACUAUGGACAUGCUGAAUAUGAUGAUCACCAUGAUCAUCUUUGAAUUAAUCUGUAUAAUCAAUGGUGCCAUCUUGGAUACAAAAGACAGAAAUUAUAUUAUAUGUGAAACAUGCCAUUUAAAGAAAUAAAUGAAGAAAAAGUGCAAAGGAGUGGUUUAUGCAUUCAUAAGAACAAUAAGAUAAUAAUAACAAUGAAAUCAUUUUUCCCAUCUCAAUGACAAAAAAUGAUAAAUGAAUACCAAUCACAUAAUGAACAAUCUGCAACAUAAAAAAUAAAUAAGCAUGGAGUGAAAAACUGUUUACACCAUGUCCCUAUUGUUAGGUAUUCGAGUGAAGAUUUCAAUAGACAACUUAACUUUUAACAUUUUGAUACAGGACCAAGUAGUGUAAUGCUGUCCCAUUUUGUUUGCAAUACACUAUGUGGUCCUUUCCUAACUUAGUGAUUUCCAUUUUCUAUAUGCUAAGCUAUGUUAUUUUUAUAUGUAAAUGAAUAAAUAAUUGUUACCUGAAUCAGACAAAGAGGAGUUGAUGCUGUGCGGAGAUGAAGUGCUAGUUGCUAGAAAUUACAACAAACAAGAUUGA